AUGGACGACCAAGCCUCAGGAUCGUGCAAUUCUAUCGACCGUACUUUUGGACCCCCUGCAAAAGGUUGUCGGGGCGGUUUCGACUUCACCUUGUUGUUUGAGGAGAUCUUUCUGUCUUUAAUUCCGAUGGUGCUGGUGAUCAUUGUCACCUUUUUCCGCUUGCCCUACCUAUUCAGAAGGCAGACGAAGGUUGUUUGGAGCUUGUGGCUACCAGCUAAACUGAUAUUGUAUGGCGCUUAUGAAGUGAUCACACUCCUUCUCAUUGUCAAUUUUUCGAAUCCCAGUAUACAAAAAACGAAGGCCUCGGUUCCCGCAACCGUCCUCACACUGAUCGGCUACAUCUUUCUUCCGAUACUAUCCUAUGCCGAGCAUGUCAAAACCAUUCGACCGUCUUUGAUCCUCAACGUAUACCUACUUUUCUCGUUAUUCUUUGAUGGCGUUCGAGCUAGAACCCUUUGGUUGCGUUAUAAUGACAAGAUUGCGGCCGACUUCACUGCUGGACUCGUUGUCAAGCUUAUUCUGGUGCUACUGGAAGCAGUUGAAAAGACAGGCAUACUCAGGCCAGAGUUUCGAGGGAACUCUCCGGAAGCCACCGGUGGGAUAUAUAGUCGAAGCUUUUUCUGGUGGUUGAAUGGUCUGUUUCGAGUAGGGUGGUCCAAGACGCUGUCUAUUCCUGAUCUUUUCUCUCUUGACAAGCACCUUGGCUCUCAAUAUUUGCGGAACUUACUUCAAUCAUCAUGGCUCAAAGGAUCUCCACAAUCUCGCCAUGGUCUCUUCUUCAUGACCCUGAAGGUCUUGAAAUGGCCCUUGCUAUCUGCAGCUAUUCCUAGGUUGACUUUGACUGCUCUGAACUUCUGUCAACCCUUUUUGCUUCAUCGCGCAAUAGAUCUCUCGCAACAACCAAUCGGCCAUCAAUCCACCAAUGUCGGCUAUGGCCUCAUUGGCGCAUAUUUCUUGGUGUAUGUGGGCAUUGCUGUAAGUAUAGUGGUAACGGGACAAUUUCAACAUAUCACCUAUCAAGUCAUCACUAUGGUUCGAGGUGGCCUCAUAUCAAUGCUCUACAGCAAUGCAAUGACCCUCAGUAUCCAUACUGCUGAUCCAUCUUCGUCCAUGAUUCUUAUGAGUGCGGACAUUGAGAGAAUUACCACAGGCUGGCAGACAAUUCAUGAACUGUGGGCCAACGUCAUCGAGGUGGGGCUUGCCAUAUACUUGCUGGAACAACAAUUGGGUGCUGCUUGUGCCAUUCCACUGGCAGUCGCUAUUGUUUCAAUGGCUGGUUCUUUGGUAGCCACCGGCCUUGUCAUGGCCCGGCAAGCAAUGUGGCUCGAGGCCAUUGAGAAGCGUAUCUCAGCUACAACCGCCAUGCUCAGUGCGAUGAAGGGUGUGAAGAUGUGCGGGCUCACAGAUGUUCUGUCUAAGAAUAUUCACGACUUGAGAAUUGACGAACUGAGAAUUUCGAAGAAAUUCAGAAAGCUUUUGAUUUGGAACAUGGGAUUCACAUACAUUACUCCAGUUGCGGCACCGGUUCUCACCUUUGCUGUCUUUUCAGCUAUUGCUCGAGGCCGUGGCAGUACUGAUACGCUAGACACUGCCAGAGUGUUUACGUCUUUGUCACUCUUCACCCUGCUCUCAGAUCCUCUUCAGAGCCUUAUCAUGACAUUGGCAAUGUUUAUGAGCUCUGUUGGUUCAUUUCAACGUAUUCAGGAUUUCUUGCAAAGAGACGUGCGUGUGGACAGCAGAAUGAAACCAGAGUUCGGAGCCUUCAUUCGUGGAAGCGGAGAGAGCAAGAAAGAAAUCAUACCAGAAGCCGAUCUUGAUGCUGGGAAGUCCCAUCCAGCGACCCUCCAUGAGAAUGUCGGUAACUGGCCCGUUCUAGAUCAAGACGCCAUUGCAGUUGUUGAUGGAGGAUUUGGCUACAUCGAGAACGAGCCACUUCUUUCUGAGAUCACUAUCUCCAUUCCAAGGGUUAAGCUUACAAUUAUUGUUGGCCCUGUUGGGUGCGGCAAAUCUAUACUUCUGAAAGCUAUUCUUGGAGAAGUACCCACUCUGUCUGGAUCCGUUCAGCUGUCAUCCUCGGAGAUUGCAUUUUGCGACCAAACACCAUGGCACAUGAAUGGCACUGUUCAACAGAGCGUCAUUGGUAUUUCUGAACAUCAAGAAGACUGGUAUAGAACGGUGCUUCGCGCCUGUUCUUUGGAGGAUGAUUUGCAACAAUUAUCCAGAGGAGACCAAACUCCUGUUGGAAGCAAGGGUAUUUCUCUAUCCGGUGGUCAGAGUCAGCGAAUUUCCCUUGCAAGAGCCGUCUACGCCCGACGAGAUAUUGUCAUUCUUGAUGAUAUUCUUUGUGGCCUCGACAUUGAUACGGAAAACCGCAUCUUCCAUAAUCUGCUGGGACCCAAAGGAUUAUUCAAGAAGCAGAAUGUCACCGUGAUAAUGACAUCCUCCUCGUGCAAGCGUCUACCUUCUGCUGAUCAUAUCAUCGUCCUCGGUGAUGAUGGGAAGAUCGCGCAGCAAGGAAGUUUCAGUGAACUUAACUCGCAAAGUGGAUACGUCCAAUCACUCAACAUCUCACUUCUUGAGUCUGGCUCCAAGCCCAGAGAUGAUAGUGGCACCCAGAAGCAGAACUCGGAUUUGGCAUUAUUGAGACCAUCCGAAACUUCUAUCGAUGAUAUGAGCAGACGCACUGGAGAUACAUCCGUUUACUUGUUCUAUAUCAAAGCUGUUGGAUGGUUGCCCACCUUUAUCUUCAUGGUGGCCAUUUGUGCUUUCGUCUUCUGUUUAAGCUUUCCAACAAUUUGGGUGAAAUGGUGGGCUGCUGCAAAUGCCGUAGCUCCGAACCAGCGACUUGGAUACUAUCUCGGCAUAUAUGCUCUCUUGGGGGUCUUUGCUCUUGUCUCUCUUAUUAUCAGCUGCUGGCAAUUAAUCAUUACCAUGGUACCGAGGUCUGGAGAGAACUUUCAUUUAGUCUUAUUGAAAACUGUUUUGAACGCGCCAAUGUCAUUCUUUUCAUCCACGGACACCGGCAUCACGACCAAUCGAUUCAGUCAGGAUCUUAUGUUAAUCGAUAUGGAGCUGCCACUCUCUGCCCUCAAUACAUUCGCUACAUUCAUUUUGUGCAUUGCACAGAUGAUUCUCAUCGGAGUGGCCUCUUUCUACGCCGCCAUCUCCUUUCCAAUCAUACUCAUUGCCAUAUAUCUCAUCCAAAAGUUUUAUCUUCGAACCUCUCGCCAACUUCGACUCUUGGACCUUGAAACCAAGUCACCACUGUACUCACAAUUCAUGGAAUGUCUCAGUGGGUUGGCUACUAUUAGAGCCUUUGGAUGGGAACAUGCCAUGGAAGAGAAGAAUCUCAAGCUCCUAGACAACUCGCAAAAACCAUUUUAUUUGCUAUUCGCCGUUCAAAGGUGGCUUACAUUAGUCCUAGACCUCAUCGUGGCAGCAGUCGCCGUGCUACUGAUUGUUCUUGUUGUCGAACUUCGAGGAAUCAUUAGUCCAGGCUUUGUUGGUGUAGCGUUAUUGAAUAUCAUAUUGUUCAGCCAAAGCAUCAAAAUGUUGAUGACGUUCUGGACUAAUCUGGAGACUCAUAUUGGGAGUAUUGCCAGAAUUAAAUCCUUCACAAGUACAACCGCCUCAGAAAAUCUUCCCGAGGAAGCGGGCAUUCCUCAUCCAUCUUGGCCCACUCGUGGUGCAAUUGAAUUCAGAAAUGUUUCAGCUGAGUAUAGAAAUGAUGAACCCGUACUCAAAAACGUGUCACUAUCCAUAGGAGCUGGAGAAAAGGUUGCCGUUUGUGGACGAACUGGAAGUGGCAAAACGUCUCUGGUGUUGAGCAUCUUUCGUAUGAUUGAGAUGAGUCACGGCAGCAUCAUCAUCGACGAUAUGGACCUAUCAACAGUUCCUAGGCAAGAAAUUCGAUCAAAAAUCAUUGGCGUGCCGCAGGACUCAUAUCUACUUGCUGGGAGUGUGCGUAUGAACGUAGACCCUCAUAUAGCUAGCUCAGAUGAAGCUAUAAAGGACGUACUGAAAGCGGUCGAGCUAUGGACCAGCAUCAAGAGCAAAGGAGGCCUGGAUGCAAGGAUGGAUGACAUCUUCUUGUCACACGGCCAAAAACAACUUUUCUGCCUAGCACGUGCAAUGCUGCGGCCAAGCACAAUACUCAUUCUUGAUGAAGCAACAAGCAGUGUGGAUUCGAAAACAGAUGAGUUGAUGCAGCGCAUCAUCCGAGAGAGAUUUUCAAAUCAUACUAUUAUUGCUGUAGCCCAUAAGUUGGAUACAAUCUUGGACUUUGAUAAAGUUGUUCUGUUGGACAAAGGAGUGCUUGUUGAGUUUGAUAGCCCCUACGAACUACUCGGCAAUUCGUCUUCCGCAUUCUUCAAGCUCUACCACAACUCACAUACAGAAGAAGAUGAUUCAGAAAAUCAUUCCAUGUGGUCUGGCGAUGGUUUAUUUUGAGCUAUCAUGGAGAUAAAGCGGUUUACAAUUGGUUGAUAGGGGGAGGUUUUUGAGCAGGCUUCUAAAGAAGUGACGUUUGUGCUUGUUUCUCUUUUCUAACUCCAAGGC